AUGUCUGCGGAGUGCGAUACGGUAAUAUGCAGCUCGAUGGUUUCACGGACAGAUCCCGAGUUGAAGUGCAUUGGUUCCCAGGCUGGGGAGGGUCGCAUCUCGGCAAAGGAUGCCCUGUCACCGGUAGCCGGUGGCUAUGGAAAUGGAUACGGCGGUGGGUAUGCUGGCUACGACGAUGGCUAUGGCGGUGCUUAUGGACAAAGUGGCUAUGGCAACUACCAAGGUGGCUACUCCUAUGGCUCGGGUGGCUAUGGUGGGCAAUACGCAUCCCCGGGUGCUUACGGGCAAGGUGGCUACUCCUAUGGCUCUGGUGGCUAUGGUGGCCAGUACGACUACGCAUCCCCGGGUGCUUACGGGCAAGGCAGAUACGGCCCCUAUCAAGGCUGGGAUGAUAGUUGA